AUUGUUUCCCCCCCUCUGAUAUUAUCAAUUAAAGGCCAAACUAUUUUAUCACUAGAAGCAUAUUUGCGAAAUCUAAAGCACAGAGGAAAAUAGAGAUUUGGGAGAGAGCAUAUUUUACAGCAAAAACCAAUGUUUUUUUUUUUUUUUUAACGCAGCAAUGAAAAAUACAAGGAAAUAUGUUUCUUUCUGAACAACAUACAUAUGUGGGAAAAAGUGUUACAAAAGUAUUUUUGCAAACGGUUGUGCUUUUUGGAAAUGCCAAAGUAUUGUUUUCACAUAUAUGAAACCUCUGUGCUAUAAAACUAAGCAAAAUCAAACUUUUUUUUUUUUUUCCAAAAUAAACGCUUGUUUAGUGGGAUUUUGUUGAUGGUGACGAAUUAUGACGUAUUUAAAUGCAUGAUUCGAUACAAGAGCUGAAUAAGCAUUCAGUAUGAUGUUGUACUGUUUUUAUGACUACAAAGUGUAAUGUAAAUUACAUUAUUUUACAUUGCGAGGUCGAUGUUAUUUUAUCAACUCUUGAGUUGUCUGAUAAAAGCAAUUGUACCUAAUGAAGCGACAAUGUUGUUUUCAUCUUUAUGAUGUGGCGCCUCUCAGUGACGUCACAAGGUUACUACGCUCCUAGCGUACUGCUGCCAUGACGACCACCCGCACACCGCUUUGGCCAGCUGACUGCCAAAAAUUAGCUCAUAAACUCGACGAAACUUUAUUUUAAUUGAACAUUUUAUACUCAUCGGAUUUUAUUCACAACGAAUGGAAGGUUCGGUUCUGUUGCCAGUGGAGGCGGAGGCGUUUGUUCAAAGUUUGGAGAUAUUUUCCCUUCAAGACGUAGGCUCGACAAGGUGGUUCAGACAGCAUGAACAUAUUGAGAAGCUCAACAUGCAGGCUAUACUCAGUGCUUCUGCCACACUGGAUGAGUACAUCAAGGAGAUGCUGGUGUCUCAUGGGAAGAUCUCAGUUCUGGUGCACGAAAUGAUCCUGACUGAAGUGUGGAAGCAAAAAAUAUUCCCUAUUUUGUGCCAACUGCAGGACUUCACCCCCAAGAAUACAUUUCCUCUUUACAUGGUGAUCCACCAUGAAGCCACCAUCAUCAACUUGCUAGAGACCAUAAUGUAUCACAAGGACUCCUGCGAGGCCAGCGACGACUCUAUUCUCGAUUUAGUGGAUUACUGCCACCGGAAGCUCACGUUGUUGGCCGCCAACGUUGGCAAGGAUGGUAACAACAUGGCACACAUCACAAACAAGGCAGCCGGUGAGGCAGUUCUGUCCUCUAAAGAGGAGUUGCAGUUUCAAGCUGCUGAGUUGGAAUUUAGCAUUUCAUUGAAGGCGCUGUCUGUAUUGCGCUACAUCACUGACCAUACUGAUAGUAUCAGUGCCAUUAACCGAAUGCUGUGCACACAUAACGUUCCUUGUUUACUGGUGCGCCUGAUCGAGUGCUGUCCGUGGAGUCGUUGCACAGCGGGUGACAAAGAGAAAUACAUCAAUGGCAAAUGGCAAAAGAUACCAGAGGAAGAUCACCUGAAGAUGACAAAACUAGAUGGGCAGGUUUGGAUUUCCCUGCACAAUCUACUUCUCAAGGAAGACUGUCAACGAAAAUAUGAUUUCAAUAGUUACAAUAAGAGUCAGCUUCUGAAGCUGCGUAGUUUCUUGACUGAAGUGUUGAUCGACCAGUUGCCCAACUUGGGGGAGCUCCAGCGGCUCCUGGCUCAUCUGGCGGUUACCGACCCUGAACCUCCAAAAAAGGAACUCGUUUUAGAGCAGAUCCCUGAAAUGUGGAACCAAAUCAUGACAGAGAAUUCCAAAAAAUGGAAAGCAAUUGCCAAGUAUCAAGUCAAAGAGACCUUCAACGCCUCUGAAAAAGAUCUGAGGCUACAGGCACAGAGGUUGGCUCAGACGUACAAUUUGGACGUGAUGGAGAGUUUGCUCCCCGAGAAGCCAAAGUGCGGCUGUUGUGGAAAAGAGGCUGCGAAAAGAUGCGGUCGGUGCCAAGGGGAGUGGUACUGUCACAGAGAAUGUCAGGUGAAACACUGGCCAAAACACAAGAAGGCAUGCCAGCUCAUGAUGGAGGCCAACAGGAAGGCCCAGGAUGAUCUGAGUAAAGACAAGAAAAAAUGGUCGGGCCAAAACUCUGAUCUAGAGUCAACUGAAAACCUGUGAGGUGACCUGAAAGAUGUAGUUCCAAUUGGGACUUUUAAAUUGUCAUGUUAUUUCAAUAACUCUACAUUUGCUUCAAUAAACUGCUUUCUCUGUCCUGGA